CCGUUCCAAGAUGGCAGACCAAAAUGCAGGCAGCUCCAAACUAAACUUCUACAGCGAGGUUCUCACUCCGUCUGAGCUGUUUGCGGCGCGUUCUCGGAGUCAUAAGAUCCCAGUGAGAGGGCAGAAGGACUUCAUGCCUGACGGUUCCGAGGAGCAGAAACAGAAGCUGGAACAGGCCCUUGAGGAGCACUGGAGUUUAAUCUCGGAGGAAAGAGUUGAACGACUAGGAAGUUUAGUGAAAGGUGUGUGGAUACCUGAAGAGCAGAUCAUUGAGCUUCAAACUCCAGCUGGAAGGUUUUGGCAGACAAUGGGGUUUUCAGCUAAUGGGAAACAGUAUCUGCUCCCUGAAGAGGCCCUGUUCCUCAUGGAGUGUGGGAACGUACAGGUGUUCCACCAGGAUCUGCCUUUUUCAAUUCAGGAUGGAUAUGAGAACUUCCUGUCAUCAAAAUCAAUCACUUUUCAGCAAUAUCUAGUUUAUGGACACCUGAAGAGGCUGGGAUAUGUGGUGCUCAGGUUUGAUCCCAGUUCAGAGCCAUCUGCAUAUGCGCGUCAGCUAAACCUGCCUGUGUCCAAAGACAGAGCCCCAAGAGGCAACAAGAGGAAGCGCAGCCCCUCUCCUCCUUGUCCAAGUAACAGCCAAGGUGGAACCACAGUGGAGCAAAUGGAGCAAGAACCUGAAGGGCAACAGCCUGCAACGCCAAGCUGUCAGAGUGAAGGUGAGUCAAUGGAGGAGGAGCCUGACUUGAAGCAGGAAGUGAUCCGAAGGUCCAGGGUCAAACAGGGUUCAUGGUGGACUCCAGGGAAAACCUCAGGAUCCAGCUCCACGUCUGGAUCGCGAGAGUGGGACUUCAGCUCGAUAAACUUCCCUGAUGUGGGCUCUGCCCUCAGAUCUCGGCCUGAUGAUGUUGUGUCUUUGGCCGCUCCUGAUCCAUCUCUUCUUCCCGGGGCUCUGUCUGUCGGGCCCUGCGACGUCACCCGCUGGAGGCGGAGGAUAAACCUAAAGGAGGUCUACAUGUCGCCAAAAGAUCGACAAAGGGAAGAGGAAGCAAACAGACAGUGGAUGGACGUCAACAGGGACCCAGAGGUUCGUCGAUGCAGGAGUUGGUCGGAGUAUCGGGCGCUGUUGGCCAGGCGGGGGUCAGAUGCCAGAGGUCGUCCAGGUCAUCUUUGGGACAGAGACGUCACGCCUCUUCACGACCCCAGACAGAUCAUACCCCACGAGGAGCUACUGGACAAAAUCGGUAUCAUCAAGUCAACUAAUUUACUGGAAGGAGCUUCGAGUUUAAAACCUUUGGACAAUUGGAAGAUCAGCUUCAGUGUUUUUCAGCCUGACUCUGCAUCUACUUUUAAGAAGAGCAGUCCAGGGAGGCCCUAUGCACGGAUGGUGGUUUGCAGUUUCAAUGACCCUGUCCCAGAUUUGACUGUCUUAAAGCAGCUGUCCUCUCAGAGUCCAGAAGUGGCGCUAGUCUUCGCUGCAGUUGACCACGGAGACAUUUCCUUUUAUACAUUUAAGGACUUCCACAUCCCCAAAGAUGUCUUCCCUUGACAACAGCAAAAAUCACUGAACCACUGUGGCACUCAGGAAAUUUUUAUACAAUGACAGUGUCCCUCCACUAACAUUGCACUCUCAAAUUAAAGGGUUAUAAUGUUGUUUCCUCAUCACAAACAGACCUGGAGUAGUUUUUUGUUUCAUACACACAUGUUUACACACAAACCCCAAGUUCUUCUGUCAAACACUCUUUGUUCCACCUUGUGAUGUCAUGUGGUAAUACAAGAAGCACUCCACUGUGUUUCUAAACCUCAUGCACCUAGAAUAGUAUAAUUUGGAUGUUUUCAGCCCCAGAAUUUCCUAUCUCUACUAAACUAGAGGUAAAAGGUUAGCUGUUAACUUGAAACUGCUGCUUCAUGACAACACACGGUGGAACAGAGAAUACUGAGCUUUGGAGAUUAGACAGACUAAUAAUAAAGGGUUACUCAAUGGUUUAAAGUUCACAAGAGUCAAUUUUGUGCAUAUAGGACCUUUUAAAACUGAAAUUUAUAAGGUUAUAUUUUUGCUGUUUUGUUGUUAAUUUUGCAGUCCUUUCACUUUUGUGCCAUACAUAAUUUAUAAGUAUUAACAAGAGAAUCCUAGAACAUAUUAACAGAAAUAUUCACACACAAUUUCAGAGACCUUUUGAUCCCAGUUUGCUGAAAUUAAUGAAGAUUUUUGGAAACAGGCUAAUUAAUACACACAUUCAGUCUUUAACCCUGCUUUUGGAUCAUUGGCAUCUAGGAAUAGGGCGAGAUCAGGUCCACAAGAAUGAGACGAGAUUUUAACAUAAUUCCUAAUAUAGAAAUGCCAUGAUUCUGUUUCCAAUUUUUGCCCUUUUUUUUUUUUUUUUUUAUGUAAUAUUUUUGUUUCCAUUCUAGAAAUGCUUUUUGGAACUGUAACAACAAGUAAAUCUUUUUUGUCCAAUCCAAAUGUAAAUACAUGGGAAAAACUUUGAUAAUUUUUUGUCUCACGAGAUCUUGUGGCACAACAUCUUGUCCCACUCCUAUUGGUGUCCGCUAUUGGAUAUAAGAAUACGCUUAUUUGAAUUUAGCAUUAACUGUGGAAUUUAAUUAUCUGUUAAAAAUAUAUAUAUUUGUAAUUUGAUUUGUGUUAAUAUUUCUAAGCAGAACCUCCAUGUUGUUAAAUUAAACAUUGUUUACAUUUGGAAAAGGUGCUAGUAUUAAUGGAGGGCACUGUUUGUUUUAAUACAAUGGGUUUUGUAAGUCACUCUUGAUUGAUUGAUUAAUUAUUGUAAUUUUAAAUAAAAAACAAAACACUA